AUGUUUUGUGAGGAGACCGAGCCAGAACAGUCAGAGCAGCUUGUGGCCAGCUGCGGGCGGGAGAUGAAGAUGUCGAAUAAUCUGCUGCCUGAGGUGUUGGAGGAGCCCUCCAUGGUGCUUGUGGCUGAAACGCCAGCAGCUCCAACAGUUCCAACAGUUCCAACAGUUCCAACAGUUCCAACAGACAUGCUGGUUUCGGAGGUCAAGGAAAUCGGACCCACGGAGCAGCUCGAGCCCGAAACCUCGGAAGCUUCAGAGCCCUCGAUUCCUGCAGCUCAGCCGGACUGGCUUGGAACAGAUGGAGCCUUUUGCGACGGCAUGAACACUUCGGGGACGUCGCGGCUCUCGCAGCCGUUGGAUGAAGGUUUCCGGGCUGGCCUGAGCUUGUUGCACACUGCGGAGCUCCAACGGGCAUGCUCAGAACGUGGUCUGGCAGCAACUGGAGGAAAAAGAGAGUUGCUCAAUUCCCUGUUGCUUUUUUUCUCCUGUGCGCCACUGCCCACACCGACCCAGGAGGCUGGCACAUUGCAUUGUGAAGAUAGGCGUGUGCCCUUACCAGACUGCGCUGCUCAGAGCCUUGAAAUCCCGGCCAGUAAAGCUAAAGCAAACAAACCCGCAGCGGUAUCCAGAGCCCAAGUGCAGCCUGAGGAGGAGACACCCGCCCAGUGCAGUGGAACCAACGUAAAGGAUGUACAGCCGCCCAGAGUUCUUGCCGAAGAAGUUGAACAGCUAAGACCAUUGAAGCCCGUGCAGCGCAAGCUCCACUUGCAAGCGUCCUUGCUGCGACGUGACCGCGUUGCAAAGGCAGCUCCCACUCCUAAUUUCACAGCUCUUUGGAGAACAAUGUGUGCUUCGCAGCCAAAGCACCAAAGCGAGCAGCCGGUGAAGGAUGACAUAGGCCAGGGGGCGUUGGUCUUGCAGUUCGUGCGCCUGGCAUGGUUCAACAGCAUGCUCGGCAUGCUCGAGGCAAAUCCCGAGCACAAUCGCGGCGAGCGCAAGCGGUGGGAAGCUGUCAUGCUUGGUGCUCCAUGCCGCAAUGCUGGACACAUCAAGCCGGUGGGAGCACGUUUUGUCUACUGCGCAAGGCAUAGCUCGCGCUGGGCUCGCUUUGAGACCGUGGGUCAUGAUGACUUGAAGCCCCGCGCAGAUGGGGACACUUUUGGAGCGUUGAAGACAGCUUCCACCAGUUCCACUAUGCAAUCGAAGUUGGCCCCAUCGAUCACAAGGCAGCGACCUGUGGAGGAAGCAAAGUCAGGAACCAGCCGAGUGCUUCAUCCGGUCGCCACAGUGCAAGCGGGGUCCCCUGCAGUAAAUGGCAGGACUCGGAUGGCAGCACCCCAACAAGUGUCCAAGGGAAGACCGUCUCAGAACAAGGUGCCGCCAUUGAUGAAGAACGGGGUAGAGAGGGCAUCUGCUGCAGCACGGGUAGCACCUUCACUCGAGAGCUCUGCCAGGACCAACAAGCGAGCGGCCCUGGCUUCGACAGAGGCCGCAGGCUCAGCGUCCUGGGCUUCGACAUUUGCUGCCAAGCCAGCUCAUGCGCACUUUGCCUUUGCUCCUGGGUCCUUAGCAUUCUUCAUUGGGGUGCUAACACUUACUGGUUCGGGUUGGGGUGCCUUGCUCACUGUAGCGUCCUUGUUUGUGCCUGCGGCCGUGCCUGCGGCCGUGCCUGCGGCCGUGCCUGCGGCCGUGCCUGCUAUCGAAAGUAGCCCACGCCGCAACGCGGAGUCCGCAAGUGUCGCAGUGUCUGUGAGCCGGAGCUACUCAGGGGAUACAAGUCCAUCGGACGGACCGCUGCAGAGAGAGUUCGGUGCAUCGCAGACGGAGGCGAAGCCGAACUCGAAGCCGGACUUUGCUUCGCAACUACUGUGCAGGCUUUCCGGCACCACAGGAGCAAGUGGAAAGAGCGAUUGGUGUGCUUGGGAGUCACCAUUCGAAGUCGGGGCUGCCGCAGCAAGCUCUUUGCAUCAUGAGUCAGGGAAACAUGUCAUGGUACUGCACAAAUUGCAAGCAGUGGUGCAAAGGUACGGCUACUUAUUCUAUCUUGUGGAGCACAUUGGUCUACAGUGUGUCUACAGUACAGGGACAGCCGGCGCCGUGGCACGGUGCCGUCUGUGGCUAGAGAUCGGAGUCGCCGCGCCGGAGGGUAUCGCCGAGACGACUGCAACAACUGUGGGGAGAUGGCUCACACAUAAAUUGGUCGAAGCAGCGUGGUGGGGGGCAGGCAAAAGGACAAGGUGCCUGGCAAGGGCCAAAGAGCAAAGGGAAGGCGCAGCCAUCCACAUACCAGAGACCCACAUGGACAAGUCCCACGCCGCCGUGGUUGCCAUCAGGCAGCGCCGCCAGUCAGAUGAUCAACACUGGCGCGCCCAGAAGGUGCUCAAGUCCAGGCGCUGGUCGGAGCCCUGA